UAUAGUUUCUAUUGACAUUCUCCAAAUAUCAUAGAAUUAUCCGUGCUGUGCCAUCUUGGCCUUGUUCUAUUGCUACUCAAGGCCUUCAACUUAUAACUACUUCUACUUCCAUUGGACGAACGUCCACAUCUGUUUUCAAUUUGCUUGUUCGCGUUCUUAAUUAUUUCUCUAAUAUGCCUGGAAUAUUUCAUAAAGUUGAUAAUAUACUACAUCAUGGACAACACAAAAGACGAGUUGCUAAACCUUUGCCCAUAGAAUGGAACACAGGAGUUCUCAAGGCGGAACUACUCGCUCGUUCUAUCUUCACAGAAGAUGAUGAUAAACCGAAGGAAGACCUCGACAAGACUAAGUUUGCUACGGGUACAUACGUUGGGACCAAAAGAGCGGUUUCAGAGGUUCAUACUCUGAUAAAUAAAACGUAUGUGUCCCAAAACACAAUGCCAGCAGGUAACUAACUAAAUGGUGACAGAUUUGACUCAUUUUUCGAUGUUCAUCAGUUAGAAUCUCAUCUUCCCACUGCUCCCAUAUCUCUAGCCGAAGCCAGAGAACGCUUCCAAUUCCAAACUCCCGGUUCAGACGGCUACCCUCCUCAUUUGAGUUUAGAGCCCAAAACCGAUGUUCUUCACUCCCUCAAAAUCUUCCAAGCAGAUCGUCUCUUUGCUACCGCACCCCUCGUUCAAAAAGUCAUUCCAGAAAAAUUCCUAGAUUUCGCCUACGAUGAACCAAAUCAACGUUCUUUUGCUCUCAUCGAAAGUGUUAAUAAGAAGCUCUUCGAUGAAAGAAGAGAUAUUGGAAAAAUGGCUAAUAUAGGUAUGAGAAAGGAUUGGUAUUCGGAUGAAGUGUAUGCGCAACAGCAGUUUACCGGGGUUAAUCCGGUGACGAUUAAGAAGGCUGGUAAGGAGUGGAUUCGACGGUUUAAGGCCGCGGCUAGGGCACAGGGGAAAUGGGAGUCUCUGGCAGUGAUUGAGGAGGCUGAGGGGGAUGGGGGUUUGUAUGUGCAGGAUUGUAGUUUUUUUCGCAAGUUUGCGGGGGUGGAAGAGGGGGAGCCGUUGGUGAGUGAUGAUGGGGAGAGGUUUGGGUGUGCGAGCGUUAGUCUUUUUCAGUAAGUAUUUCGUUUCUUUGUCUCGUAUUCUUUGGACUUUACAAUUUGUUUCGUUUCGUUGCGUUGCGUUUUCCCUCCCCUCGCAGUCCCACUCUUACGUCGCGCACGAGUUGCAAGUUACAUCCCGUAAGCGCCGUCAUUAUCCAUAAGCAACGCCGGUUGGAUAUCUUACGAUAAGCAUGCAUGCAUACGAACUACCCACAUAUAAGCUGGACAGUUCUCAGCCCUGCAAUCAGCCCGACCCGCGCCGUUACGCAAGGAUGAGCGGAGCUAACCGUCAUGUCUUCUUCACUUAUCUCGUAUCAUAAUUACUAAAUCAUCACUAACACAUUCAGCCUCCUCCCAAGCGGUGCACUCCACCCCCUCGCCAUAAUCCUCGAUUACAAAAUCAACAUCACCAAAUCCCUUACCAUCUUCAAUAAACGUACCUCCCCCUCCUCCCCAAAAACCCACGAAUCAACCGAUUGGCCUUGGCGCUACGCAAAACAAUGCGCUCAAGUAUCCGAUUGGCAUCACCACGAACUAGGUGUUCACCUCACACACACACAUUUAAUCGAAGAAGGGAUAAUCAUCGCGUCACACCGUACGCUCCCCUCCUCCCAUCCCGUCUUCAAACUCCUAUCUCCGCAUUGGUUGAAAACUCUCCCGUUAAAUGCAGCCGCACGCGCUAGUUUAAUUCCUCAAGUCAUCGUUCAUAUUAAUGGAUUAUCCGAGAAAGGAUCCCUAAGCAUGGUAAGAAAGCAAUACGAAACAUUCGAUUUCGUAGGAAACUACAUACCCCAUGAUCUCGAAGCUCGAGGCUUCCCCCUCAAAGAACUAGAUGGCCAAAAAUUCCACAAUUACGCGUAUGCAAAAAUCAUGCACUUAAUGUGGUUUGUCCUCCGACGUUUCGUAUCCGGAAUGCUGCGUCCUUCCUACCCGGACGAUCUAUCCAUCUCCAAAGAUCCAUACCUCCAAUCCUGGACUUCUGAAAUCCAAUCCCCCACCGGCGCAAAUAUCUCCUCUUUCCCAUCCCUCCACACUUUCGACGCACUAGUCGAUGCAGUAACAAUGUGCAUCCACAUUGCCUCCACCCAGCACACAGCCGUAAACUACCUACAGGAUUACUACCUCUCUUUUAUCCCUAACAAACCCCCCGCCCUCUUCACAGCAUUACCAAAUACCCUUUCAGAACUCCAUUCCCUCACGGAAAAAGAUUUAAUUUCUUCACUUCCAGUUUCGGAACCGAGGAUUUGGUUGCUAAGUAGUCAUUUACCGUAUUUACUCAGUAGUACGGUGGCGGAUGAUCAGAGUUUAUUGGAGUAUGCGUUGAGUGUUAGGGGAGUGGUGGGGGAUUGUGGUGGAGAGGGAGAGGGAGAUGGGGAGGAUAAGAAGGAGAGGGAGAGGGCGGCGGGGAGAUUUUAUGAGGAGUUGGUGGGGUUGGAGGGUUUUGGAGGGGUUGCGCUGGGGGUUGAUGAUAGGGGGGUGCUUUAUAGGGUUUUGGAGCCCGAGAGGACGGCGGUUAGUAUUUUGAUUUAAGGAUGGAGGGAAGGGUGGUGAGGAAAGAGGAAAUAGGAAAUAGAGUAAAGAGGUGGAUAUGGAUUAUUUUAUACGUUUUUCUUUCUUCCUUUUCCCUUUUUCCUUCUUCUAUAUAUAUAUACAUAUAUAUAAUAACCAUCCCAAACCCCUCAUCUCUCAAAUAUCCCCCAAAUCAAGCACUCUCAUCUCAAUUCACAAGAACCUCAAAACCACAAGAUCCAACUUGAGAAAAAACAGUCACAAAUCGUCAAUUUGGAGCUAGCU